UUCAGUAGCUCAUUUUCCUUCCUUUCACUUUCUUUUUAUUUGUAUCAAAUAUGAGAUUUUCUUUACUCGUUGCUUUAUCAUUGUAUAUUACUACACCAACUCUUGUUUAUGCUAACCCAUGUAGCAAGUUGCCCGAUUCCAAGGCAGUCGAUGAGUGUUAUAUGAAAAUAGCUCUAGAUUAUGCUUUGAUCCAUAACCCUCAAUUUCCAUUUGGUGCAUUGAUUGUUGAUCAUACUAAAAACGACAUAUCCUGUUAUGGCGCCAAUUCUAAUAAAAAGAAUAAGCUACUCCACGGAGAAACGGCGGCCUUUUGGAAUUGUACCGAGUUGUAUCCAUCACCAACCGAUAAUGACAUGGUCGACCCGGGAUUAAACUGGUCUAAUCAGACACUCUAUACGACAGGAGAGCCGUGCCCAAUGUGUGCCUCACAAAGUAUUUAUCGAGGGGUUGGCCGUGUCGUUUGGGGUACCUCAAUUCCUGAUAUUAACAAGAGUGGUCGUGAACAAAUUAUGAUCCGAAUGGAACAAAUUAUUCAAUCUGCAAAGCUCGGUGCUAAUCGUCCUAUUAACAAGGUACCAACAGUAACGGGUGGUACCUUGAGAGAUGAGUGCGACAAAGCAUUUUGGUGUGCAUUCUCUGAUGCACGAAACGAGAAAUAUUAUCAAAAGAUGGUUGCAGAUGGGCAUUUAGAUUAUAUCAAAGAAAGGGAAUCCAAGUUUAUCUGUAACAAGGAACACGACGAGUUGUAAUACAUGAAACUUUAUGCACACAAGUUUGUAAUAAUAAAGUAAAGAUACACUCUUCCGUUAGUAGUGACAUUAAAGAGAACAUAUACUUGUUAUUUACAUGCCAUAAGAUAAGUGAGUCUCCUAAAGAUA